CGUGAUGGAGCACAUUCACAAGUGUUUGUGGUUACCCCGACAACUUUGACCUCUGGGGUCAUCAGACUUGACCUAGUUACACAACACCAAGGCCACUGGGCCACUGAAGGGCACCCCUUCCAUUUAAAUCUAAAGAAGGUGAAGGGGCACUUUUCCCACUGUCAGUUCAAAAUAAGUGUUCCGACUACGGCAACAAGACAUAUCUCUUCCUCAUUCUUGGAUGGAAUCUUGCCCGAUCAAAAGUAUCCUCCAAUAAAGAAGAGGAAGAAGGAAAUUGCAGCAUUGUCACUCUGGAUUCUGUUAACAAGUGCAGCAUCAAAGCUGAUUCCUUAUCGCCAUUCUGUUGACAAAAAACUCUCCCCAUGUUUCUCCACUCCCUGUUCAUGCAAGAGCAGAAGCACCCACAAAAAAGAAAGAGGUGGUAUGGAAGAGUGGUGGAGUUCACAAUUCUGUGGAAGACUGCAUUGAAGUCUUCGCCGCCGCAGAAGCCUGGAGGAAUCCAUGGAAAGUACUCCGCCAAGGAGAAGCUGAGCAGGUGCACCUCCCUCAAGGUGGCUACUUCCUUCACUAGAGUGUGCCUUUGCGUUCCAAUCUCUUCCUACAACGAGGUGUUCCGAGCGGACAUCCCGCCGAGGAGGAGCUACAGCUACGCUCGGUCGAAAACGUUGGCGCAGGUGCCGUCGGAGAGGAGUGGGAGCACAAGAACGUCGGUUGACGGGCGGAGAGUGUUCAGGGGGAAGUCGCUGACAGAUGACAUUCUGAUGAGGAGGUUUGUGGUGGAAGAGGAGGCUAUGAUGCAGAUGAGGAGGAGGAACCAGAUGGACUUCAUGAGGAAGAGGAACGCCAUGAGAAGGAAGAAGAUCGGGCCAAGUCCUCUGAGUAGGAUGGUAAUGGCUGAACCAGAAGAGGAAGAGAAACUGUAGCUGCUGUCUUUGUAGCAGGUGUAACAAGUGUUUGAUCCUGUGGCUGCUUUUCUACGAGAGUUCUUCAUUUGUUCAUGGUAUUUUUGUUUAUGGGAAAUGGAAUGCUUGAACCAUGUGGA